CCCGUUACUUGCGCUGAGGCUGCUGGCACAUAAAAUCCAGUCCCCUCAGGAGAGGGAAGCUCUCCAUGCUCUCACAGUGCUGGAGACCUGUGUGAACAACUGUGGUGACAGAUUUCACAGUGAAAUAGCAAAAUUCAGGUUUCUGAAUGAGCUGAUUAAAGUGCUUUCCCCAAAGUACUAUGGAACUUGGUCUUCAGAAAAAGUCAAGUUGAGGGUUACAGAAGUGCUAUUCAGCUGGACAGUGUGGUUUCCUCAGGAAGUCAAAAUCCGGGAUGCUUAUCAGAUGCUGAAGAAACAAGGGAUUGUAAAAGAAGAUCCCAAAUUGCCAGAAGACAAAAUUUUACCUCCCCCUUCUCCAAGACCUCAGAAUUCCAUUUUUGACACAGACGAAGAGAAAUCCAAGCUCCUGGCCAAGCUGCUGAAGAGCAGCCACCCCAAGGACCUGCAGGCAGCAAACCACCUGAUCCAGAGCGUAAUUAAAGAGGAACAAGAGAAGUCAGCUCAGGUGUCCCGAAGAGUGAAUGCCCUCAGUGAGGUUUCUGAGAAUGUAAAACGUAUGGAUGAGUUGCUGGAGAGCUACAGGAGACAAGAAUUAUCCCCAGCUGACCAGGAGGCCCUACAGGCUCUGUCCCAGCGCUGUGAGAAGCUCAGGCCACUGCUGUUCCGCCUAGCCAGCGAGGCGGUGGCUGACGAUGAGGUGCUCGCUGAGAUCCUGCAGGCCAGCGACAAGCUCACGAGGGCGCUGGGGCAGUACAGGCAGGUUGUAGCCAGCCAGAACGGGAAUGGAGGAGCCACUGAUGCACCAGCAUGCCGCCCAGCCCCGCGGCGCAUGAAGAGCUACACCCUGAUGGACUUCUCUGAGCUGGAGGCCACAGCCCAGUCUCCCACAGAUCCCUUUGAAGACAUCCCCUCCACCUCCCGCCACAGCAGCACCACCUCCACCUGCCUGCUCGAGGAGGAGUUACUCUCCUUAGGUCUCAGCGACUCUCCUGUUGUACAGAAACCACCACCUGAUUUUGGCUUUGCAGAGAUCUUCAGUGCAGGGACCAUCAUGACAUGUUUAUCCACUCUGCCAUGGGAUUUAUCACCAGUGAAAUUGCCCUUUCCAGAUCUUCCAAACAGCUCAAUGACAGAUCCUCCACUCCUCAGUCCAGGCUGUGAGCUGAAGCCUGCUGCCUCUUUGCAUUCAGCUUCCUGUGUUGCUUCUCUAAGAAACCUUUUUGUCCCUUUAAUUUCAAUUACACCAAGCAGUGUCUGUCCACUCACUGUGUAUGACAGGAAUGGUUUCAAGGUCAUGCUCCACUUCUCCAGAGACCCAGCUCCAGGCCGGCCAGAUGUGCUGGUGAUGGUUCUGUCAAUGCUGAGCACCUCAGCCCACCCCAUUAAGGACAUAGCAUUCCAGGCUGCAGUCCCAAAGAGCAUGAAAAUAAAGCUCCAGCCAGCCUCUGGCUCUGAGCUGCCAGCCUUCAGCCCCCUCCUCCCACCUGCAGUGGUGUCCCAGGUGCUGCUGCUCGCCAACCCACACAAGGAUCCCAUCCGACUGAGGUACAGACUGGUGUUCACACAGGGCCUGCAGCCUUUCAGCGAGGUGGGAGAGGUGACUGGAUUCCCAGAAGCAGAGCUCUGGGGCAGGAGCUGA